AUGCUUAGAACUUGUUUGCAAAAGAGAGCAUUUUCCCAAACCUCUGCCGCCUACAAGGUGAAGCAGAAAAUUGAAGUUCAAUUACUCAAAGAUUUCCAAGGUAUUGGUAGAAGAGGUCAAAUUGUCAAAGUUUUACCAAGUAAGAUGAUAAACAUGCUACAUCCACAUAACGGUGCGGCAUAUAUAUUAGAAGGUCAACCACCAAGAAUUCCAGUGGUAGAGGCCAACCCAGAAGACCCGAUUGUUAAAAAGAUAAUAAAGAAACCAGUGGAAUCACCACUAGAAAGCGCUUCUACAGAAUCGAAAUCUCCAGCGGAUUCAGAAUCUGUUUUCAAAUCAUUAGGGUUGAGUUUCAGCUUUGAAAAGCCACAAAUUGAGGACGAAGCUGCUGCUCCUGCUGCUGAUGCCGCAAGUGAUGUUUAUUAUAAGCUUGAAGCUUAUCAAGACUUGCCAGGAACUCUUACUUAUAACUACGAUGCUGACAGCACCGGUUUCUUGAAAAAACCUAUAACAAAGACUCAAUUCUCUGAAACCUUAAGUAAUUUGACUGGUUAUGUAUUGAAUGAAAGUCAAAUCAAAUUCCAGUAUCUCAGUGAUGCCGGAAAGAAAGAGUUACCUACUCUUGAUUUUGUGGGUAGUUAUGAACUCAUUAUCAACAUUGGCAAAUACGAGCCGGUUAAGAAAAACAUUUUCAUUGACUCUGAAUCAUUCACAAAGAGAGGAAAGGAGCUUCCAACAAGACCUGGAAACUGA